AUGGCAGAGCUAGUUCCCCACACGCAGUCUAUCGCUGAUAUCUAUCCUUCAGACGUUGCUGGGGACCGCAAGGUCGCUCCAGAUCAACAAGCCAGGUGGAUUAGCCUGAUCAAGGCUUUCAGGCACCUCUAUGCCCAGUCGCCUGAUUUUGUUGCAAGAAGCCCAGGCAGGGUGAACAUUAUCGGCGAACAUAUCGAUUAUUCGCUCUAUGAUGUCCUCCCAACCGCCCUACGCGUUGACGUCCUCAUCGCCAUAAAAGCUGUUCAGACAAACGGCCAGGAUGGCUUUGUGCAACUCUCAAACGUCUAUGACGCUAAAUUUCCCGCUACAGAGUUUCAAAUACCCCACGACCGCGACGUCGAAAUCGACGCCAGCAAGAACGACUGGGCAAAUUAUUUUAAAGCGGGAUUGCUGGUAGCCAUCAAGUUUCUCCGCAAAAAAUCAAACCGCAGCAGUUUCGUUCCUUCAAGCAUAAAGGCUCUGGUCGAUGGAAAUGUUCCACCAGGCGGCGGCCUCUCAAGCAGCGCAGCAUUCGUCUGUGCCAGUGCCCUGGCCGUCGUUAAAGCUCACGGCUGCGAUAUUUCAAAGCAAGAGUUAUUGGAUAUUUCUCUAGUCUCCGAACGUUUCGUCGGAGUUUACUCAGGAGGAAUGGACCAGGCGGCAUCUAUUUUCUCACGCCAUGGCUACCUUCUAUAUGUUCGAUUCUUCCCUAGAUUUCACACACAAUAUGUGCCGAUUCCCAAAACAGAACCCGAACUCACGUUUCUGGUAGCCCAGACUUUCAUCACAUCCAACAAAGCAGAAACUGCUCCAAAGCACUACAAUUUGAGAGUGGCUGAAUGUACUCUUGGCGCAUUGGUUCUGGCAAAAUUACACGGCAUCGAAUUGCCAAAGGAUUCCAGCUCUCUAGGUUACAGCUUUCGCACCUAUCAUCACGAACUAAUGCAAAAGGAGGGCCGUUUGGAGGACCCUCUUGAGUACCAACUAGACUCUAUUAUUCUAGGAGUAACCGAACUCCUGACCCAAGAGCAGGGUUAUACCCGGGAAGAAAUUGCUAAAAUUCUAGGACUUACCGUCCCGGAGCUCGAAUCCAAGUUUCUAUCCGCUUUCCCUGUCCAAGCAGAUCGAUUUCUCCUACGCCAACGUGCCCUCCACUGCUUCAAAGAGGCACGAAGAGUCCUCGACUUCAAAGCCUGUCUUUCUAGAUCUAAUCACCUCGAUGAGCACGGAGUUAGGUAUCUGGGCCAACUCAUGAAUGAGUCACAGGAAUCAUGUCGCACGCUUUACGACUGCUCAUGUCCUGAGGUCAAUUCAAUAUGCGAAAUUGCCCUCCAAGCCGGUUCCUUUGGUAGCCGCUUGACAGGUGCUGGCUGGGGCGGAUGUACUGUUCACAUGAUCCCUCAAUCCAAGGUCGAAGCUGUCACAUCAGCUUUAAAGAGAGAGUAUUACAGUAAGCGAUUCGCCGAGCUAAACGAGGAAGAAUUGAAGCAUGCUAUGGUGAUUAGCAAACCUUCUAAUGGGUCGUUUGUCAUUUCCGGCGCUGCGAUUACAGAUGUAGAGUAUGAAAACGGGGUAUAA